AUGGAACUCAUGGAGCUUGUCGAGAACGAGCCCACUGCUCGCCCCUUCCAGUGCGACUGGCAGUCGUGCAACAAGAGCUUCAACAGGAAGUCCGAUUUGCAGAGACACUACCGCAUUCACACCAACGAGCGUCCCUACUCCUGCACAACGCCCGGCUGUGGCAAGAGCUUCAUUCAACGGAGUGCUCUGACUGUCCACAUCCGUACUCACACGGGAGAGAAGCCUCACCAAUGCCAGCACAUUGGUUGCGGCAAGCGAUUUUCUGAUUCUUCGAGUUUGGCCAGACAUCGCCGUAUUCACACUGGCAAACGCCCUUACAAGUGCGCCCACGAUGGCUGCCUGAAGAGCUUCUGCCGCAAGACCACAAUGGUCAAGCACCAGAGGAGAUCUCACCAGCGCGGCCUCCACCCCAACGAGCUCUUGGACGACUGCACAUCAGACUCCGACAGUGGCGAGUCUCCUUCUACCCCGAAGCACGCCGGCAUGCAGUGGCCUCCUCAAGGCGUCAUGGCCAUGAACCACCCCGGUAUGGGUCACGCAAUGCACCGAGCUGCCUCAUUUGCCGACUUCGGCCAGCACAUGAACGGUUACCCUAUGCCCCAGCAGCAGCAACAGCAACACUACGGCGCGCACCGCCACAGCCUUUCUUCCGGCGGAGCACACGAGGUCCACGGUAUGGUACACGACCAGCAACACCCUGGUGUACACAUGCUGCAGCGAACCGCCAGCAUGGGCCAGCACUCGUACUACGUGACGGAGCAGGGCAACCCGGGUGUCGCUACCAUGAACACGGCCAUGCCCCAACAAUACGGACAGGUGCCCCGGCAACAACAGCCGCAGGUUGAUGUGCCGUACUCUCAACCUGGUAUGAACCAAUCCAUCCAAAGCAGCCCGAGCAGCUUCUCGGCAGCAUCGGGUAGGAGCCCAUCCAUUCAGGAAGGGUUUUAUACUCACCAGCCAACCCAAGCAGCCACAUAUGCCCUGCAUCAUGCCUCCCCCGUCCUCGAGCAACAGCAAGCCGGCAUGGUCGCGUACCCGCACCAGCAGAUGCAACAGCAGAUCCAUACCCCCCAACCGAUCCCGACUCAGGCACCGCAGCCUCCGCCUCAGCAAGUCAGCCAGUAUGCCUCACCGGCACCCCAGGCCCAACCCGAAGAGUACUGGAACGGCGUUCCGUACCAGGCACCGGUCGAGGUUGCAACAAUUGGCCAGCUGCCGACCUACGGCUCCGGCGUGUACGACCCUUGGGGUGGCCCCAAGAUCGAGUUCGAGGAUCCCUCGAUGCAGCUCCCGUCCGCACGGAUCGAGAACAUGUAA